AGCACAGCUCCAGCAAGCGCGCGCACACACACUCCCGUUCACACACACGCUGCAGCUCCCAGUGCUCAGUCAACAGCAGCAGCAACAGCUCGCUCGUGGGAACCACCAAGUCACUUAGCUCGAGCCCGGGGGAAAGGACGCUGUGGAGAGAGCACGCGGAGCACGAAACGCACGGAGAGCACGUGAACGCGAAUGAGAGAGUGAGAGACACAGGAACCACGCGAGAAACACGACAAGACGCCCGUUUAAAACGCUUGAUUUAGCCUCGGUAUUUAGCUAGAGUUCCCAACGUGGAUUACGGUCUCUGCCCGCUUUUCCCGCGUCUGUUAAAAACGCAGCCCCCGCCUCAGCGCGUAGCUCGGUGGUCUGGAGGAGGAGGCGGAGGCUGAGGAGCGGCCAGCCACCCCGCUGCAAGCAUGAGUCAGGCGGACGCGGGCCAGAGGGUCUUCCAGGAGGCGCUGCGGAAGGGCGACACAGAGGGGCUGCGCUCGCUGCUGCAGGGCAUGAGCAGCUGCGAGUUCAACGUCAACUCAUUCGGGCCGGAGGGACAGACGGCGCUGCACCAGUCUGUCAUCGACGGGAACCUCGAGCUCGUCAAGCUGCUCGUCAAGUUCGGCGCGGACGUGCGUCUCGCGAACCGGGACGGCUGGAGCGCGCUGCACAUCGCCGCCUUCGGGGGCCACCAGGACAUCGCGCUCUACCUCAUCACGAGGGCCAAGUACUCCUCGAGCGCGCUCUGACUGCGCGGGCGCGCGGACUUGUUCGUCAGUGUCGUCGGACCACCGGUGUGCCAAAGUGAGAGAAAGAGGUGGGAUAGUUGGGAGACUUGUGUUCUCUAGACGAAAAAGAAGAAGAAGACUGAAGCAGCCGUGCAUUCACCUAUAGUGAUGAUUAAACUAUUAUAUAUAUGAUGGUGCUGAAGAUAUGGUAUGGUGGCCAACAAUCAAGAGUCAACAAUUAUGUAUUUUUUUACAGAUUCAGACCCAGAUCACCUUCUGAAGAUUUGUACUUUCUGAAGUGUGGUACACUGUCAGUGCCAGCAACCAGAUAUUAAGGACGAUAUUGGCUAUAUUCUGAAGAUAUGAUAUGCUUGCAUUACUGUGUGUUGGGUUUGGUUAACACUGUGUCAAAAGAUUGCCAGAUUGCCAGAAUCCAUCAGAUCCAAUCUACAUUGCAGAGUGAUCACCUAAGGUUACCUUCUGAACAUGCUUGCCUCAGAUACCAGCUACCAAUACUAGGGUGGGUGGUACAGUGUCAAAUGAUAUGGCAAACAAUGUGGACAAGUAAUCUAAUAUGAUGCAUGAUUGUAGAUUUCCUUAAAUCACCUUCCUAAGCAGAUGGUUUUGGACUGGUAGCCACAAAGAUUGCCUGAGACAGCCUUCUAAAAAUGCUACAAAUGCUGUAAAUUUAAACAAAAAAUAAUGCUUUGUCAUUUAAUUCUAAAUGUAAACAAUUGCAAACUUUAGGUAAACGUUGUAGAUCUGUUCAAACUUCAGAAACACUAUAAAUCGGCUUCUGUCUUUCUCUAAAUUAUAGCUACAGUGUAGACAAUAUUGUAAACUGAAUAUUGCAGAUACUGUUUGGUGGGUGAGUUAAGUGUCAUACAAAAGCCAGCACUUCAUAGGUGAUGGGGUGAUAAAAAGUCAGAAGAUUUUUAUAAAAUCAAAAGAUGGUAAACAGUCCAUAUGGUCUGUAGAUUUACCAUUAUAAAAGCAUUUCAGAAGGUACCAACAAAAUACUUUGAAGAUAUAGAUCUUAAUUUUUGGGGAGAUUACAGAGAAACCUGCUCUAGAUUGCCUUAGAAUACAACAAACAAAUUUGAAUGGUUGCCAACAAUCCAUUGGCUCUUUACUGAAGUUUGUCCAGAUCUACUUUACAGGUAGUGUUGGUUUGGUAAAACUGUUGAAAAGGAUGUUCAAUUACUUAUGAUGUUUUUUUAGAUUGUUCAAGAUAACCUUCUAAACAGGGAAGGCUGGAUUUACCACAAAAUAGCAAAUAUGGUUUAAGGUUACUCAAUUUUCUUCUUCAUUCAUUUCAAUUCUCUCUGAGGUUGUUGCUAAGAUACACUGUUACUUGCCGAUUCAGUACAGCUCCAGUAUGAUGCAUUCUUAAUGAUGACUUUGCCAGAAUGCUUACCUCAAGGUUGGUGUGAAAACUUUCACACAGUCAAAAAUCAGGAUCUCCAGCUCUAUAUGCAUUUGUUCCAGACCUGUUGAAGAGCUGCAUGCUGUGAAUAGAUGUCUCAAAUGGAAACCUUAGCUUGUAAAACACCAUCAGUUAGAGUUACCACUUUGCUUGCCACAUGUUUUUUAUGUGAACAACUUUAUUGUCUUUUAAAAAGAACGUUCACACAAUUUCUUUCCGAGCAAAUGUCUUGUUGAAAUGUCUCACAUCAGGCCAACCAGGAAUGUGGGUCACACUUGAGCUGUUUAUGAGAAGAUGGCUGGUUUUUGCAAGACCAUGCCAGUCACUGGUAUUAUUUUAGGCUGUAGUCAUUAUAAAAUCCAGGCUCAAAAUCACAGUAGUUCCAACCUUUUUAAAGAAUUGAGUCAAUUCACAGUGCAAUCGUGAUGUGUUACAAAUGCCUGUACAAUGCACUGCAUAGGCCUGUAUUCCCCAGUCUUACUACCAAUGCUGGAAAAAUCAUGUGAUUGUACACUGAUGAUGUAUCAUUGAAAGCCAGUGUAGAAAUAUGCAUAAUUUAUACUUGAGAAUGUUUUAAAUAUUGCACUGAUGGCUGUUUUAUGAACAGUUGGUGUCAAACCAACUUUUAAAGAUAUACUAUUUUUUCUAAAUGGAAAAAAAUAUCAUAUUGUAUGGAAGCUCCAUUAGGUUAGACUUCUCUCACUUUCUGCAAUGGCAUUUAAAUGCCUGUAAGAUCUUUUUAUAUUUUAGACUUUGGUAAAAGCGCUUUACUUAAUGUUCCUCCAUGCAUAAUGUCAAACACUGUUGUCACAGACAAGUAUACCAACUAUGUUGUUUUAAAUCUCACCUAAAGGUAAAACUGACACUGAAAACUUUCUCAAUUAAUUAAUAGGAGAACAUUCAAGUAAAGCGUUCAGAAAAUCUUGGAGCACUUCCUCAUAGAAGUCCCAUCCUCCUCUUUUUAAGGGGGAUGUUACAUGGUAAAAUCAGUGUAACAAGCGCAAGUUACACAAUGCACAAGUCUUUACUUGAUAAUGCCAUAACAUUUAUGACAUGAGAGUAAAAAUACCUUCUAUGGUUGAGAUAAAUGUCAAAUGACUGUGAUUUUAUUGGACCAACUUUUGAAAUCGUAUUUUCUUCAAAGAGAAGUUCAGAAAAGAGACCAAACCACUGGUCUCUCAUUGUCAUGCUUUUGUGAAUUGUUAAUCUGUUGUUGAUGUUGUUUUAUAUCUGUUUAGCAGGUCUUUUUAAUGUUUUAAAUGUUAUAUGUGAUCAUAUUUUGAAAGAUAUUACAUGCUGUAUUUUGUAUCAUUGUACAAAGGCCUUUUUAAAUAUUAAAUUCUGCAGUUUUAAGAGAA